AUGUCAGGAGCUAGCGACAAAGCACGAUUCUACCUGGAACAGGCGGUGCCUCAACUGCAGGAGUUUAAAGAGAAGAAAAUUUUCGACGACGACGAGAUCAGAAAUCUUGUCAAGAAGAGAUCCGAUUUCGAACACAAGAUCCUCGGUAGAGGAUCACAACCAAUCGACUUUGCUCGGUAUGCGGCUUGGGAAAUCAGCUUAGAGAAGCUCCGGCAAAAAAGAUGCAAACGAUUACGAAUUAAAGGCAGCUCCGCAUACACUGGUCAGGCUAGAACCUUCCAAAUCUUUGAUCGAGGCACAAAGAAGCACCCGGGAGAUGUUGCACUGUGGAUGUCAUACCUCGAAUAUACUAGGCAAGAAAGAGCAACGAAGAAGUUCAAGUCGGUCUUAACAUCGGCAAUUCGACUGCAUCCUACCAAAUCAGAAUUGUGGCUUUAUGCCGCGAGAUGGGCAUUGGAGUUAGAGGCGGACAUGAAUGGUGCGCGGAGUUACAUGCAGAGAGGAACGAGGUUCUGUACCCAGAGCAAGGAUUUAUGGAUCGAGUAUGCCAAGCUGGAGAUGAUUUACCUGGCCAAAAUUGCCAUGAGGAGGAGAAUUCUUGGCCUAGACGCGGGUGAAUCUGUCGAGGCUUUGGAGAACACGGAGGGAGCAACCGAUGAUGGAGGCUUCUCCACUACAGCGGAUGUCAUCGCCAUUCCCGACUUUAAGACGCACACCCUGCGACCUAGUAUGAUCAAAGGUGUUGAGGUUGACUCGGAGGUAGCGAAAGACCCGAUGACAACCUCAGCUCUCAAUGGAGCGAUACCACUUGCCAUUUUUGAUGCUGCUCGCAAACAACCAUUCUUCUGCCCUGCGGCAGCUGAAGAUUUUUUCGACAUGUUCGCCUCCUUCACCCAAGUGCGAUGUUUACCUAAGAUCUUGCAAUAUGUUCUGGACAGCAUGAUGGAAUCAUACCCUCGAGAUCCGUGUAUCUGCAGUUGCUACAUUAGACAGCCGGUGCUUGGUAUUGAACCAACGUCUCCAGAAUUUCCAAUAGCGGUAGGAUCUACCUUGGACCGGCUGAAGGAGUCGAUGGGCACUGCAAACGACAAAGCAGUGCUUUCGAGGAAGAUGAAAGCAUGGUUUGAGCAGAUUUUAGGGCUGGAAGAGUUAGAUCCAGGCAUCCAGACGGUGAUCAGACAUACGAUAAAGAAACUUGAAUAG